AUGGUCUCCAGAUCGGCAGUGACAAUAACAGCAGCCCUACAUCUCGUUUUAGGCGUAUCGUUUUUCAUUAAACAAAAAUCGGAUUUGUGUUCCAAGGCACCACCGCUAGCCAGUUGGCUAUUUAUAAUAGGAUUUUUUGAUUUACUUUUGGAUAUGGAAUUAUUUCCCCUGCGAUAUCGUCAUUUACCAUUCGUAUGUCAGAUUGUAACCGAAACAAUAAUGAGUCUUCUCCUGACUGAAUUUAGUGCAUUAAUUGUUUGGUGUACCAUUGAAAUGAUAACGUGUAAAUUGUGUAAAAUUGGAAUACUUAUGGCUGGGUUAUCGCCGGAGAUCUAUAAUACCUGGGAACAAUAUAUAUUGGGUUGCGUAACUACGGCAUUAAGUUUAACAUUUCUUCUGUGCGUUGGCUAUGCAACAGAUCAUUUAUAUGUGGUGAAAAGGAAAUCAAUACGUUUGUAUCGAAAUUGUAUGGAUACCGGUAAGCAGAUGUGGGAGAAAAUAUUGCGUCUUAUGAGGUUAAAGGGGGCGAAUGAAGAUAUGGCGGAAAUGUUAGCACAAUCAAAUAAUUGUUGCCCACCAUCAACAUCUCAGGAAAAUGAAGCAUCGAAUUAUGAAGAUUUAUUGCAGCCAGAGAAAUAUGAAACAAUUGGGCGUUAUCGUAGACGUAGUCGCAGCCGAGGACGAAAUCGUCGUUUUUGA